AGAAAAAAGACCGAAAAUCGGUCAGAAUGACUUGAUAAAAUUUGAUAGAGUCAAGGAGCUCAAUAAACAUUUAGAAAAAAUCCACUGUGAUUACACGCGGGAUUUAAGUGAUAAGCUCAAGCCAGUUCAUCGACAUGCUACUGCACUGUAUUUUAUUGACAAGCUCGCAUUAAGAGCAGGAAAUAAAAAAACAGGCAAAAAAGCAGAUACU